AUGGUGGCCAUCGCCGUGGCCGACCGCAACGACCACGACCCAGUCUUCGAGCAGGGUGAGUACCGGGAAACCAUCCGGGAGAACGUGGAGGAGGGAUACCCCAUCCUGCAGCUGCGCGCCACCGACGUCGACUCCCCGCCCAACGCCAACAUCCGCUACCGCUUCGUCAACGAGCGGGCGGCCCACGCCGUCUUCGAGAUCGACCCACGCUCCGGUCUCAUCACCACCAGUGGGCCUGUGGACAGGGAGAAGAUGGAGAGGUACUCCUUGGUGGUGGAGGCUAACGACCAGGGGAGGGAGCCCGGGCCCCGCUCCGCCACCGUCAAGGUCUACAUCACGGUCCUUGACGAGAAUGACAACACCCCUCAGUUCAGUGAGAAGCGCUACAUCGUCCAAGUGAGGGAGGACAUUCGGCCCCACACUGAGAUCCUGCGCGUCACCGCCACCGACCUGGACAAGGACAACAAUGCACUGGUGCACUACAACAUCAUCAGCGGGAACAGCCGGGGCCAGUUCUCCAUCGACAGCGUCACUGGGGAGAUACAGGUGGUGGCCCCGCUGGAUUUCGAGGUGGAGCGGGAGUACGCCCUGAGGAUCCGGGCUCAGGAUGCGGGGCGCCCUCCCCUCUCUAACAAUACGGGCAUGGCCAGCAUCCAGGUGGUGGACAUCAACGACCACGCCCCUAUCUUUGUCAGCACCCCUUUCCAAAUCUCUGUCCUGGAGAAUGCUCCCCUCGGACACUCCGUCAUCCACAUCCAGGCUGUGGAUGCGGACUACGGCGAGAACUCACGCCUGGAGUACAAACUGACGGGGAUCUCGGCCGACACACCCUUCGUGGUGAACAGUGCCACGGGGUGGAUCACGGUCAGCGGGCCCUUGGACCGGGAGUCGGUUGAGCACUACUUUUUUGGCGUGGAGGCUCGGGACCACGGCUCUCCAUCCUUAUCUGCCUCUGCCAGCGUCACCAUCACUGUCAUGGAUGUCAACGACAACCGUCCCGAGUUCACCCAGAAGGAGUACUUCAUCCGCCUGAACGAGGAUGCAGCCGUGGGGACCAGCGUCCUCAGUGUCACAGCGAUCGACCGGGAUGUGAACAGUGCCAUCACCUACCAGAUCACGGGAGGCAACACGCGGAACCGCUUCUCCAUCAGCACGCAAGGCGGGACGGGGCUCAUCACUCUGUCUCUGCCACUGGACUACAAGCAGGAGAGGCGCUACGUGCUCACCGUGACGGCCUCUGACCGCACCCUGCGUGACAACUGCCACGUUCACAUCAACAUCACGGAUGCCAACACGCACCGGCCCGUGUUCCAGAGCGCCCACUACUCUGUGAGCAUCAACGAGGACCGGCCCGUGGGCAGCACUGUGGUGGUGAUCAGUGCCACUGAUGAUGAUGUGGGGGAAAAUGCCCGCAUCACAUACUACCUGGAGGAUAAUGUCCCUCAGUUUCGCAUCGAUCCAGACUCUGGGGCCAUCACUCUCCAGGCAGAACUGGACUAUGAGGACCAGGUCACCUACACGUUGGCUAUCACUGCCAAGGACAAUGGGAUCCCCCAGAAAGCGGACACCACCUAUGUUGAAAUCAUGGUGAACGAUGUUAAUGACAAUGCCCCCCAGUUCGUCAGCCCUCAUUACCAGGGCAUGAUCUCUGAGGAUGCGCCUCCCUUCACCAGUGUGCUCCAGAUCUCUGCUACUGACCGGGAUGCUCACACCAACGGGCGAGUGCAGUACACCUUCCAGAACGGGGAGGAUGGGGAUGGAGACUUCACCAUAGAGCCCACAUCGGGGAUCAUUCGCACUGUCCGCAGGCUGGACCGUGAGAACGUUCCUGUCUAUGAGCUGACUGCAUACGCUGUGGACAGGGGCAUCCCCGCUCAGCGAACUCCUGUCCAUAUCCAGGUGACCAUUCAGGAUGUGAAUGACAAUGCCCCCGUCUUCCCUGCUGAGGAGUUUGAGGUCUUGGUGAAGGAGAACAGCAUCGUAGGCUCUGUCGUGGCCCAAAUCACAGCCGUUGACCCCGACGAGGGACCCAACGCCCAGAUCAUGUACCAAAUUGUGGAAGGCAACAUCCCUGAGAUAUUCCAGAUGGACAUCUUCUCUGGGGAACUCACAGCCUUGAUAGACCUGGAUUAUGAGACAAGACCUGAGUACGUGAUCGUAGUGCAGGCCACCUCUGCCCCACUGGUCAGCAGAGCCACGGUCCACAUCAAACUCAUCGACCAGAAUGACAACAGCCCUGUUCUCAAGAACUUCCAGAUCCUCUUCAAUAACUACGUGUCCAAUAAGUCCAACACCUUCCCCUCAGGGGUCAUAGGGAAGGUCCCAGCUUACGACCCAGAUGUGUCUGACCGCCUCUUCUACACCUUUGAGCGGGGGAACGAACUGCACUUGUUGAUUGUAAAUCAGUCGAGUGGGGAGCUGAGGCUGAGCCGUAAGCUGGACAACAACCGUCCGCUCGUGGCCUCCAUGCUGGUGACCGUCACAG